AUGGCCGCUAAACUCAUCCUCUUCGUCUGCGCCUCCGCCCUCGUGGCACAGUCAAAGCAUCUUAACAUCAUUUUAAUUAUUCUGUUCUUUCAGGCUGCUCUGGGCGUUGGACGUUUCGGCGCUGGACUCGGUGGUUGUGGCUGCGGAGGUCGCGGCUAUGGCGAUUACGGCUACGCUGGUCUGGGCUACGACAUCGGCGCUGCUUCUGCUCUUGAAGCUUCUCGUGGAGGAUGUUUGCCCGUCGUCACUUCCUCGGCCGCUCCUACUGGUCUAGGAGUAUCAUCAGAGAACUCGUACGAGGGCACCGUCGGUGUCUGCGGUAACCUGCCUCUCCUCGGUACCGCCUAUGUGGAGGGCGUCUUCCCCACUGUCGGUGAGGGUGGCAUCUACUACGGCUGUGGCGACGGCGCUGUGGGCAUCAUAGCCGAGGACCGCGCCGGGCUCGGCUACGGCACUGGUUACGGGCUCGGCUACGGCGCUGGUUACGGGCUCGGCUACGGAGGCUACGUCGGACGCGGUUGCGGCUGCGGUGGCAUCUAG